ACUGUGAUCUUUGAUAAUGAUUAACCUUGAUUAGUUAUUGCCUAUUUCAUAGGAAAUUAAUAAAUCACUGAUUGUUGGGAAGGAAAGAGCAAUAAAGAGUUGACAAUGAAAGCAAUUCAAUUUUGUUUGAUUAAUCUGUCAAGAUAGAGAUGAAAAUGGUUACAUUUUGAUUGAUUUAGGAUCAACUUUCAAUGGAUUUGAUUGACGAAACUGUCAAACCUUAAGAUGAGCAAUUAGUGAGGAAUUAACAAAUCAUGAUUAAGAUAAUUUAAAUAAUGGAAAAUGUAAAUCCAUUCAAAUGAGAUUUGCUUGGUUACAUUCAAACCUUUUUCACCAUCUUUUGUGUUUCUUCUGGUUUUUCAAAUGGUUUCAAUAUAAAGGAUUUGGAUUGUAAUCAUCUUGAUUCUUGUUGUUAACAAUUAAAAAUUAAUAGAACAUAAAUUUGUACAAUUUGAUUCUUCUAAAUUUGUCAAUUGCAAUUUAUUAAUUACUGUUAAACUGGAGAAAGUUGAAAGUUGCUGUUGAUACAUAUUUUUACUCGACUCUCAUUUACAAUCGUCAAGUGUUGCUACAAUUUAGUUAAUUUGGUAUGAUUGAUAAAAUGGUUACUAAGUGUUCACUUUUACUCAACUUAAUUGUCUUAAUUACAAUUUUGUUUCCUAGACAAACGUUGUUAAUGAACGGUUACAGCGGCCAAUCAUCUUAUAUGCAACAACAAUGUUCAUGUCCACCUUUGAAACCCAUUAUUAAGUACAUAGCUGUUGAAGUACCCAAAAUUGUUCAAGUACCAAGUCCAGCUCCAGCACCAAUGCCACCUCCGUCUCAAUCAAAACCAAGGACUAAAUUUAUUGCAAUUCAAGAGAUUCAUGUUCCUGCACCAGCUCCAGCACCAUAUCCGAGUCCGUCACCAAUGACUGGUUGGUCUGGAUAACAGUAAUCCUCGACGCUCUAUGGCAGUCAAAAGACGAGAAAAGUCAUUCUUGUAAUGAGUUGAUUUUCAGGCCAAUAUUUUGCAUUCGAUUCCCUGACAGUUAUUAACUUAACAGUUGUGUUAAUAUUGUUUAUGGAUUGAUUUACUAAAUUGAAAUUAAAUCUGUUAAAUCUGUUAAAGAUUAUGAUUGGAAAUCAAAAUUGAAAUUAACAGGAAAAUCAAUAAUGCGAUUUUACUUGCAUUUUCAACCUUUCUUAAUAAUGUGGUUCAUACAUUUUCAAUGUCAUUUUUUGUUCAAACAAGCCAAAUAAAAAUUUA